AAAACAAGCGUCUACAUUUUAUACUCGUUAAUUACUGGCUCAGAAAGCUCCCUCUCUGACCAAUGGCGUGAAAGUAUGAGUCGUAACCCGGAAGUCAGGGGAAAUCUAGCAAACAACCCCAAAAGAUAAUUAUUUUUUGAUUAUUUUACUGUAUAAACAUGAAUUCCCUGUUGUAUUUUUACAUCGUAUGGGUUCUUUUUAAAACUCUAGUUGGUAGCUUUUUAAAUGUUGUUUAAUAUUUUGUUCGUUUUUCACGUUCUCGACCCUAACGUAUUUUGCAAUGGAGUUGAAAGACGCGGAGAAGCAUUGCUGUGCAGUUAAAAUCUCAGGGGGGUCUUCAUCAAAUAAACCCACCAGCUGCAGCGGUGUCAUCGUCCACCCUCAGACUGGAACCGUAAUUUGCACCGGACUCCCGUUUUCACGGUUUAUCACCGACGGAGCACCCCUCUCUUCGGACACCGGUGUUCUGUUUCCACGAAGCUUCAGCGACAAACUUAAAAUCCGCGUCAUCUUUCCAACUUCUCUGGGUCAUUCCUCGACACGGAACCCGCAGGUUGAGGCUUUCGUUGGUCCCAGUAACAUAACAGGUCAGCAGCAGGAGGUUUCAGCAGAGCUACGGAUGCUGGUGAACUGUGUAGAGUUCAAACAAGCUUUCCUGGAUGUUUUUAUGGAUGCUGACCAGUGGAGUUUCCAUGGUGACGAGGAGGAUGGUGAGAUGCACAGAGAUGCUCGGUUUCUUAGCUGGUUCGCUGUGCUCAAGGCAGGUGUUUUGUCGGAUUCAGGGACCAUCCCUUGGCAGAGCAGCUCCUCUUUUCACAAAGGCCACCCAGUUGUUGCAUGUGGCUCUCCUUUCGGCUCACUCUGCUUAGAUCUGUUCAUCAGCACCCUCAGCAGAGGAAUCAUCAGUAAUCUGUCUGGAGAAGACAAUGCAGUCAUCCUCACAGAUGCCCGCUGCCUGCCAGGCACAGAGGGUGGAGGGUUGUUUGUCGUGGAAGACACUGACUGUGUGCGUCUCAUUGGACUCAUUGUGUCUCCAUUUGGCUGGAAGGCAAAUGAGUGGAUAGGCCUCACUCUUGUCUGCUCGGCUCACCUGAUCUUCACCAACAUCAGCCGUAGUACCAGUGUUCAAGAUCCGCUCUGUGAUGUUUGGCUCCUCCCGGAAGAUAAGCUCCACAUCUCCACAGCAGCUCACGAGUCAGAAGCUGUGAAAUACCCCACUGUGUGCCUUGUGGACAGUGGACACGUGUGGGGCUCGGGGGUUGCCGUAAGCUCCAAACUGGUUGUGACAUGUCGACAUGUAGUCAGGGGGAAGACGUCAGUCACCCUGAAGUUCCACCACAGGGGAAGAGUCUGUGAAACCGCAGGUGAUGUCCUGUUCUCCACUAAACCAUCUUCACCCUAUGAUCUGGCUUUUGUUCAGCUGACGGUCCCUUUUCCAGAUGCUGUUAUCCCUCGAAUGUCUCAGAGCUUCACUCCAGGUGAAGCUGUGGUUGUAGUGGGGUACGGUGGGCUGGGUCGAGCCUGCGGUCCAUCCCUGACAUGUGGUGUGCUCUCCAAAGCCAUUAGCUUGAACCACCAACCUGUGAUGCUCCAGACCACAUGUGCAGUCCAAGCAGGAGCCAGCGGGGGUGCCGUGGUGCAGAAACAUUCUGGAGAACUCAUGGGAAUUGUCUCCAGCAACACAAGGGACCUGGCCACAAGAGCGACUUAUCCACACCUCAACUUCAUCAUACCAGUGACCGUUUUCCAAAGGUUGUUGCAGGAAUUUCACCAGAGAAGGAAUACAGAUGUAUUCAGAGAGCUGAACACCACAGAGAAGGGAGUCAAAUGGGUUUGGAGGCUACAAGAUGCACAAAGUAAACUGUGACUCAGGGUUAAUGAGUUUUUAAAUAAAAAUCAAUAAUUUAACUAAGAAAAAGAAGAUUUUUCUCAGGAUCAAUUUUUCAAAAUAUGUGUUUUCUUCAAUUCAACAAAUGUUUCUAUUAUGAGUUUUUUUUCAUCAACCCACAAUAAUGUGAUGCAUUCUCAUUAACAACCCUGGUAAGUUAACUGUUUAAUUGCACUUUAUUGUAAUUAAAAUAAAAGAAUUCUACCAAA